AUGGCGACACCGCUCCGCCUCGCCGCGCUCCUCCUCCUCGUCCUCGUCGCGGCCUUCGCCUCCGCCGCGCGCGCUGAUCUCGUCAUCUCCAGGGCGGAUCGGAAGGUUGAUUUGACUUCGCACAUCGUCCGCGUCCUCACUUCGCUCAAGGUUGAAAAUGCCGGCUCCGAGCCUGUCUCUAAAGUCUUGCUGGCUUUUCCCAACAUCCAAGCAAAAAACCUGGCAGCGAUCAGAGCAUUCGGCACUGAGGGAAAAGUGAAGGGUCUCAGUAGUAUUCUUCCGAUUGAAGUUGUUGAGCCUUCUGGUGUUCCCCCAGAACUGACCUUCUUUUCAGCAUCGUUGCACAAACCUUUGACAAAGGGGAAGAUUCUUCACUUAGAUGUCUUGACCGUAUUUACACACUUUCUCCAGCCGUUCCCAGAAGAGAUCACCCAAGCCGAUUCGCAGCUGGUUGUCUUUCAGGAUAGCUCUCACUACCUGUCUCCUUACCCUGUUAAGGUCCAGACGCUUAGUAUCAGAUUGCCUGGUGGAAGGGUUGAAUCAUACACAAAAUAUGGAAACACAAAACUUGUGGAUUCCGAGCUUAAAUAUGGACCGUAUGAAGAUGUUCCCCCGUUUUCUUACAACCCUAUUAUUGUGCACUUUGAGAACAACAACCCAUUUGCAGUUGCAAAGGAACUUAUAAGGGAGGUUGAGAUAUCUCACUGGGGCAAUGUACAGAUUACAGAACAUUACAACAUUGUUCAUGGUGGUGCCAGACUGAAGGGUGAAUUCUCCAGGCUUGACUACCAGUCUAGACCUUAUGCAAGAGGGGUUUCAUCAUUUAGGCAUCUCAUUGCUAGAUUGCCUGCAAGGGCCCACUCUAUUUAUUACAGAGAUGAAAUCGGUAAUAUUUCAACAUCACACUUAUGGAGUGAUUCUAAGAAGACCCAACUGGAAAUUGAACCGAGGUUUCCCUUGUUUGGUGGUUGGCAAACAACCUUUACCAUUGGUUAUGGUUUACCUCUUCAAGACUUUGUUUUCAGUGCUGAUGGAAAGAGAUUUCUCAAUAUCACAUUUGGUUCUCCAAUGGAGGAGAUUCUCAUAGAAAAGCUCAUCGUAAAGGUGAAGUAUUCACAUCUUGACAUUGCUGGAAGGCCAGUUCUAGUCUUGGAGAAGCCUGAUGUUAUUCCAGAGCAUAAUUUGCAUUUCCAGGUGUACUACAAAUUCAAUAACAUCUCGUUGCUCAUAGAGCCGAUGAUGUUGAUUACUGGCUUCUUCCUCCUGUUUGUUGCAUGUAUUGCCUACAUGCACACUGACAUGUCAAUCUCUAAGAACUCUCCUUCUUAUCUGGCAAAGCUGCAAUGGGAUGAGUAUUGUGCAGUGCUGAUUUCUGAUGGCUCUUUUGUUCUCCUGGUGCAGGUGCAAGCCACUGUUCAGCAAAUCCAGGGUAUCUUCGGCCAGUGCUUAGCUGUUCAUGAUAAGCUAGAGACAUCAUUGCACGAUUUGUCUAGGACUGGAGAUGCUAAAUCUUGCAAAGCAGCUCGUAAAGCAGCUGAUGCACAGUUGAAGGAAUUAGCGAAAGAGCUGAAGCCACUGUGGUUAUCUGUACAGUCAUCCCCUCAGUCUUAUCAGAUAUGGCCAAAGCUAGAGGACUUGGUUGCGAAGGAGAAGGAGUUGCAGGAGAAGCUCAUGGCAAGGCAUGCCACCGUGGUUGACAGCGUCGAGAAGAAGCAGCGCGGGCAAGACAUAGAAAACCGGAUUGCUUCCCAGCAGCAGAAGAUCGCUGCGCUGAGGCAAGAGGUCGAAUCUCUUCUAGAGUACCUUAGCGAGAUAUGA